AUGGCGAUCGCUGAGGAGGAAGAAAAGCUCCUGGCAGCGGGAUUCAUCAGAAAAGUUGACUACCCAACCUGGAUCUCUAAUGUUGUAAUGGUGAAGAAAGCAAACGGUAAGUGGCGUAUAUGCGUUGAUUUUACGGAUCUCAACCAAGCUUGUCCCAAAGACAAUUUUUCGUUGCCCCGAAUUGAUCUCUUAAUAGACUCCACCGCUGGUCACGAGCUGUUAAGCUUCAUGGACGCCUUCUCCGGCUACAACCAAAUCAAGAUGGACCUAGCGGACCAGGAGAAAACGGCCUUCAUCAUCGACAGAGGACGUUAUUGCUACAUCACUAUGCCCUUUGGAUUAAAGAACGCAGGGGCCACACACCAGAGGUUCAUAGCCCAAUCCACAGAUAGAAGCCUCCCAUUCUUUAAGAUACUACGGAAAUCGUUUGAGUGGAAUGACGAAUGCAAGGUAGCAUUUAAGAACCUUAAGGAAUACUUGGCUUCACCACCACUCCUUAAUAGAGCCGAACUUGGGGAGCCGCUCUAUGUCUAUCUGGCGUCCACCACCACUACUGUCAAUUUCGUUCUUAUCAGGGAAGGAAUUGAGAAGUUGGCAUUCGCUUUGAUCACCAUUGCCAGACGGCUCCGACCUUAUUACCAAGCUCAUCCUAUUGAGGUACUUACUAGUCAUCCACUAAAGAAGUCUCUCCACAAGUCGAACACAUCGAGUUGCUUGGUACAAUGGUCCGUCGAACUAGGCGACUUCGAUAUUGGGUAUCUCCCAAGGACCGCAAUAAAGGCACAAGUAGUUGCACUUUUUCUGGGACAAUUCACCGAAGACACUGAAGAAACCAAUGAAGGUAAUAAAGAGCCCGUUUGGUUCAUUGAAGUUGAUGGGUCAUCAUCCUUGGAAAGAAGUGGAGCUGGAAUUGUUAUCAAAACACCUGAUGGGGUCACCGUUAAACACGCAGUUCGGUUCAAGUUCCAGGCAACAAAUAACAAAGCACAAUAUGAGGCACUCAUUGCCGGACUACAUAUGCCUAAACAACAUGGAGCCAACAGUGUAAGUGUACAGAGCGACUCUCAAUUGGUGGUAGGCCAGUUAAUGGGCGAAUAUGAAGCAAAAGGAGAAAAAAUCAAACUUUCUGAAUCACCCCCGGGGGAGAAAACCACUAUCAGCGAAUCGAAAACACCAGCAAUUGAGGACCACCAAGCUUCCAGGUAUACAUUAUUUAAAUCUGUAGUAAAAUACCUUGUUGAAGGCAACCUUCAGGAGAAUCCCGCAAAAGCCAAAGCAGUCCGCUGCCGGGCAUCGAGGUACCUAAUCCAGAAUGAUGUUUUAUACAAGCGAAGCUUUAUUCAUCCACUCUUGCGAUGUUUAUCCAAUAAUGAAGCGGACAAUGUCUUGAGAGAAAUCCACGAGGGAAUAUGCGGGAACCACUCAGGGAAGAGAUCCCUGGCACACAAAGCCUUGAGGGCAGGAUACUGUUGGCCAACAAUGGCUCAAGAUGCACACGACAUGGUCAAAAAUUGUAAGAAGAGCCAACAGUUUGCAAACGUCCCAAAGAGUCCGCCGGAAGAUCUCACAUCAAUAUUCACUCCUUGGCCGUUCACACUAUCGGGGGUAGACAUUGUAGGAUCCUUACCAUCGGGAAAAGGAGGAGUCAAGUUUGCCCUAGUGACGGUCGACUACUUCACCAAGUGGGCAGAAGCCAAAGCAUUAGCCACCUUCACAUAA